AUGGUGUUCUUGCCACCACCUAAACCGCCACCUUUGGCUCCGCCUUCGUUUCCAGACGGCUAUCCUCUCAAGUCAUCGAAGACGACGACGACGAUUCAGACGACAAAGAAGGAGAACAAGAAGAACAAGAAGAAGAGCGAUGACGACGAGCGUGGGAGAAAAAAUACGAACGACAACGGAGAAGAGACGAACGCGAACGAAACUGGAGGAGGAAUUCGAGGUAACGAACUGAACGCGACGACGACGACGAUUCAGACGACGACGACACUACUGGACGAAGAGACGAUGCGAUGGCGAAACGAGAGGAAGAAGAACUAUCCGAGAUCAACGAAUAAAACGGAAGAGGAAGCAGCCUCUGCGAAACGUAAACGAGAGGAAGAGUUGGAGCGAGUGUUGGAAGAGCAACGACGAUUGGGCAGUUUCGAGGCGACGGUUUUGUUGAAAGAAGAAGAGAAGGAGCAGAAGAAGAACGAGAACGAGAACAACAGUAAGAACAACAAAAGCAGAACACCCCGAGGAGAACAACCGUGCAAAUUUUGGACGAGGAAAGGUAAAUGCAGGUACGGGGAUAAGUGUUCGUUUUUGCACGAAGAAGCGAAACGAGGCGUCGGGAAGAGUAGUAAAAAUGAUACGAAUACUAACGCAAAACGCCAUAAAUGCGGAGGAGGAGAGGUACCCUUGCUGAGAAGAAUAUUCAAAAACGAUAUAGAUAGGGAUAAUUCGAGACUGUUGCAAUCGAUUCGAUUCUUUGUGGAGAAUAUUGAUGACUUGCGAAAGUACGCAGUCGCUCAAGAGAGAAGCGAAGAGUUGAACCGAGAGUACUUGAAGCGCUUAAAAAUGUUCUCCUUCGUGGACGAUCCCGUGAAACGAACGAAAAAUAGCAUAGUAAAGAAGCAAGUUAUCGAGAAAGUAGAGGAGGAAAUGCUUUCAUCCGAGGAGGAAGAGGAAAAACAAGAAGAAGAAGAAGCAAAGGAAAAUAAGCAAUUAGACGUUGGAGGAUUCUUUUCUUGUUACGACUCUGAUAAAUAG